GACUGCGGCUCGGGGUCGGGCCUCCCGGAGGGCAUUAGGGUGACUCGGCCGCGCGGGCCGGACGCUGGGCAGGAGAUGGGGAUGUUUCUGGCCAAACUGAUGGGAUUCUUCUGUAACCAAGAGCACAAGGUAAUCAUUGUUGGACUGGACAACGCCGGAAAAACGACCAUCCUUUAUCAGUUCCUAAUGAAUGAGGUGGUUCACACAUCGCCCACAAUCGGCAGCAAUGUGGAGGAAAUAGUUGUGAAAAAUACUCACUUCCUGAUGUGGGACAUCGGCGGGCAGGAGAUGCUACGAUCGACGUGGAGCACCUAUUAUUCAAACACUGAGUUUAUCAUUCUGGUUGUGGACAGUACUGACCGAGAACGACUCACCCUUUCCAAAGAGGAACUCUACAAAAUGCUGGCACAUGAGGAUCUGCGGAAGGCUGCCGUGCUGGUAUUGGCCAACAAGCAGGAUAUGAAGAAUUCCAUGUCGGCAGCUGAGAUCUCCAAGUUUCUAACUCUGACCUCAAUCAAGGAUCAUCCAUGGCACAUUCAGGGCUGCUGUGCACUCACAGGCGAAGGGCUGGUUCAGGGGCUGGAAUGGAUGACAAUGAAAACGGCGGCAAAGUAAACCUUGAGCAUGUGAACCCGUCGUGGGAGGGGGGAACCCAAAAACACCUUUCUACAAAGAAAUGAGAAUUUGAUAGAUGUUAAAC